AUGAGUCCUGGUCAUCUUGGUCGCCGAGCUUCUGCUUUUCGCGAAAUCAAGCGCGCUCCCCAGGCUACUGUUACUGAUACGGAUUCCGUAUCCGUGACGACACCCACAGCAACAGAUACGACCAAUGCUUACGCCCAACAAAUCGUAGGAAGCAUACCGCAUUCCACCAUAGCCCUUGCUGUUGUCCUCAGCGUCUUCGCUGCGAUUAUCAUUGGGGUAUGUGGCUGGAAAUACAGAGCUAGAAGAAGAACAAGAAAUCAAACUGAAAGCGGCGAGGAUGCGUUGUACCGACCAGCUUCAAACACUAGCUUCGCCUCUGAGAAACAAAGUAGCCUCGAAAAGCCUAAACAAGCUUUCAUUCCUAUUCCCCACAAAGGUGAAGCUGCUUGGACUCCCCAGGUUCGGACAUAUCUCGGGGUUCCUCUCAAAAACGGAGAGCUCCCUAAGCAUGUACAGACUGCUCGCGAAGCACAGAAGUGGAGAAACGAACCUUCUCCCCCUCCUUCCUACCAGGAAAAAGUGGAUCCUUUCCAUUCGUAUCCUAUGAAGGCUCCCCAAGGGCCUAUACACAAGCAACUGAACGUUGUCACCAACAGCCAGUACCCCACCUCCCAUUUCUCAAACCCUACGCCUUUACCUCUGCUCACCACUGUCACCGAAGAACACACUGAUCCUCUUCCGAGCCCUGCGCGCACCGCCUCGUUCCCUCUCCAACAUAAACAUUCUCGUUCACGUUCGGUGUCUUCCAAACACCUGUCUGGCGAAACGGUUACGAAAAUCACCCCUGCUCAGGCUCGCCGCAGCCGGGGCGGCAGCAUAUCAGAGAAAAUACGUCUUAUGUAUGUCAUCAACACUUUCCAUCCCUCGUUGGAUGAUGAGCUGCCCGUUAGAAUUGGGGAUUGUGUUCGCUUGAUAGAGGAGUAUCACGAUGGGUGGUGCCUGGUUCAGCACGUUAGCAACGCUGAUUCCCCUCGCGGUGUAGUUCCGAGGUUCUGCUUGGUCGACCGUCAAUCAGCGCCUGCAAGGUCACGGAAACGCUCCUUGACUCAGUCUAUUGUCAAGGUUUGA